GAUGUUUACUCUUCACUUUCACCUUUCAUUGUCCAAAAUGAUUCUUCUCAUUUCUUCCCAAUCCUCAAAGAUGAUCCUAAACAAAUAGAAACAAGAAUCAGAUCAUCAUCAUAUUUUACAAUACAAAAAAACAAUCCAAGAAAAUGGAGAACUUACUAAGUGAUACAUGGGAAGUUAAGCCGAAGCACGCAUCGGAGGAGGUGCUGCAGCGAUGGAGGGAUCUCUGCGGCGUCGUCAAGAAUCCGAAACGGCGAUUCCGAUUCACGGCCAAUCUAAGCAAGCGUAACGAGGCCGCGGCGAUGCGAAAGACUAAUCAGGAGAAAUUGAGGAUUGCAGUUCUUGUAUCGAAAGCUGCAUUCCAGUUCAUACAAGGUUUGUUUCUGUUUUUAUUUUUCUUUUUGCUGUUCGUCGCGCAUUCGCUUUCAUCUGGCGCCGAUUCUGUUCUUCUUUCAGGGAUGCAAUCGAGUGACUACACCUUGCCUGAAGAAGUCCGAGCUGCCGGUUACCAGAUAUGUGCCGAUGAAUUAGAGUCCAUAGUCGAAGGGCACGAUAUGAAAAAGCUAAAGCUUCAUGGAGGGGUGAAGCAAAUAGCCGAUAAGCUUGUGACGGAUACGACCUCAGGCAUUUCUACCGAUCCUGACGCCUUAAGUCGAAGGCGACAAAUAUAUGGCAUCAAUAAGUUCGAAGAAAGCGAAGUUCAAAGCUUUUGGAUGUUCGUUUGGGAAGCACUUCACGACAUGACACUUAUGAUCCUCGGCGCCUGCGCCGUUGUCUCUUUUAUCGUCGGCAUUGCGACAGAGGGAUGGCCAAAGGGAGCUCACGACGGGCUUGGAAUCGCGGCGAGCAUCUUGCUGGUGGUGAUGGUGACUGCAACAAGUGAUUAUCAGCAGUCUUUGCAGUUCAGAGAUUUGGACAAGGAGAAGAAGAAGAUUGCAGUUCAGGUGACAAGGAAUGGCUACCGGAAAAAGAUGUCGAUCUAUCAGCUGCUCGCUGGAGAUAUCGUGCAUCUUUCGAUCGGCGAUCAAGUCCCCGCCGACGGGCUUUUCCUUUCGGGGUUCUCGAUGUUGAUCGACGAGUCGAGUUUGACGGGGGAGAGCGAGCCGGUGAUGAUCAGCGCCGAGAGUCCUUUUCUGUUGUCGGGAACUAAGGUUCAGGACGGGACGUGCACGAUGCUGGUGACGACUGUCGGGAUGAGAACACAAUGGGGAAAGCUAAUGGCGACGCUGAGCGAAGGAGGCGUCGAUGAGACGCCUCUGCAGGUUAAGCUGAACGGAGUGGCGACGAUCAUCGGAAAGAUCGGUCUUUUCUUCGCCGUGGUGACAUUCGCCGUCUUAGUCCAGAAAAUCUUGCUGCGCAAAUGGCACGACGCGACGACGCUCAAGUGGACCGGCGACGAUGCCUUGGAGUUGCUCGAAUACUUUGCCAUUGCAGUCACCAUCGUCGUUGUCGCAGUUCCGGAGGGACUUCCUCUGGCUGUGACGCUAAGCCUCGCCUUCGCAAUGAAAAAGAUGAUGAACGACAAAGCGCUCGUUCGACAUUUGGCUGCUUGCGAGACGAUGGGAUCAGCUACAAACAUCUGCAGUGACAAAACAGGAACAUUAACAACCAACAGAAUGACUGUGGUGAAGUCCUGCAUAUGCAUGAGAGUUAGAGAUUUAAGCGAGCCGGGAAGCGCUCGAUUAGCUUCGGAGAUCCCGGAGAAAGCUCUUAAACUUCUUCAUCAGUCGAUAUUCGCCAACACCGGAGGAGAAGUUGUGGUUAACCGCCACGGAAAGCGCAAGAUUCUUGGAACGCCGACUGAGGCAGCUAUUCUGCUGUUUGGGCUGGCGCUAGGCGGAGAUUUCCACGCCGAGCGAAAAAGAUCGAAAAUACUUAAGGUCGAGCCGUUCAAUUCGACGAAAAAGCGAAUGGGGAUUGUGUUGGAGAAUCCUGAUGGAGGUUUAAGAGCUCAUACCAAAGGUGCAUCUGAGAUCAUCUUAGCUGCAUGUGAAAAUGUGAUCAAUUCGGACGGCGAAGUCGUUCCACUCGACGAAGCAUCGAGCGAUCGUUUGAAAGAAACCAUCGAUCAAUUUGCCGGCGAGGCGCUUAGAACACUCUGCCUCGCUUACAAGGAUCUGGAUCCCGAUUUCUCUGCAGACGAUGCUAUUCCGGCCUCGGGUUUCACCUGCAUUGGUAUAGUCGGGAUUAAAGAUCCUGUACGUCCGGGGGUUCGAGAGUCUGUCGCGCUUUGUCGAUCAGCUGGUGUGACGGUAAGGAUGGUCACCGGAGAUAACAUCAACACUGCCAAAGCUAUUGCCCGCGAAUGUGGGAUACUAACCGAUGACGGGAUAGCUAUAGAAGGUCCUGUUUUUCGCGAGAAGCGUAUGGAGGAAUUGAACGAUUUGAUCCCCAAGAUUCAGGUGAUGGCUCGUUCUUCGCCGCUCGACAAGCAUACGCUGGUGAAACACUUACGAACGACGUUUAAUGAAGUUGUAGCCGUAACGGGAGAUGGAACAAACGAUGCGCCAGCGCUGCACGAGGCAGAUAUUGGACUUGCAAUGGGGAUCGCCGGGACAGAGGUGGCUAAAGAGAGCGCGGAUGUAAUAAUUCUCGAUGACAACUUCUCCACGAUCGUGACAGUCGCAAAAUGGGGGCGAUCGGUGUACAUCAACAUCCAAAAAUUCGUGCAGUUCCAGCUGACAGUGAAUGUUGUUGCAUUGGCUGUGAACUUCUACUCAGCUUGCACCACUGGCGAAGCACCCCUCACUGCUGUGCAACUUCUUUGGGUAAACAUGAUCAUGGACACACUCGGAGCACUUGCUCUUGCGACGGAGCCGCCGACGGAUGAGCUAAUGAAGAAGCCUCCAGUGGGGAGGAAAGGAAACUUCAUCAGCCCUGUGAUGUGGAGGAACAUCUUAGGCCAAUCCUUGUUUCAAUUUAUUGUGAUUUUGUUCUUACAGGGAUCUGGAAAGACAUUUUUCAGACUCCAUGCUCAUCCUCAAUCAGAUUUGGUCCUCAACACUAUAAUCUUCAACACAUUUGUCUUCUGCCAGCUAUUCAAUGAGGUGAAUUCCCGGGAGAUGGAGAAGAUCGACGUGCUGGAUGGUAUACAGGACAACUAUGUCUUUGUCUCGGUUGUGGGAUCGACGAUCUUCGCGCAGUUCAUUAUCGUCCAAUUUCUUGGGAGCUUUGCAACUACUACUCCUCUUACAAUCUUCCAAUGGCUGGUGAGCAUAUUCAUCGGAUUUUUAGGCAUGCCCAUAGCAGUAGUCUUGAAAAAGCACAUCCCUGUGUAGUAGAAUAGAAAUGGAAAUAGAAUGCCAAACAAGCCUUCAUCUUCAUUCCACCAUGAGCUGAAGAAGAUAGCUAGCACAGAGAAUUUUAAGAUCUUCACCGUCUACAACUGCAUAGACUGACUGACUGACAGACUGCUGAAAGUUUCGACAUUACAGAAGCAGGAAGGAAUGCAUUGUAGUUAGAAAUUUUCUUGCUCAACAAUAAUCAGUAAAACCAAUGUUAUGUCAUGUGGGUUCAAAAUUUCAA